CAGUAAUUUGAUCAGAAAAUGUUGUGCAUUGGUGGUUUGAUACGCUGUUUCUUGCUUAUUGCAAAUUUUUGGAUUUCUCAUGCAUGCCCUGUAGGAUAUGCAGGAUCGCCAUGUACUCCCCGCAGAUGUGAACCUUUGAUCACUCCACAAAAUGCUAUGAUUUCGGGAGGCGCAUGUUCUUCACAAUAUUUGUCGGUUUGCAAAAUGGCAUGUCGCUUUGGAUUUGCACCCUCUGGCAGCACUGAACGACAGUGUGUUGUGGAUGCAGCCUCUAAUGUGAUGGUGUGGUCUGGGUCGCCGCUUCUAUGUCGAGUUCGCCAAUGUGACCCUCUGUCUGCUCCUGCUAACGGUUAUAUCGUGGGAGGGGUGUGUAGUUCACAUCUUUUAUCAGUUUGCCGAAUGGAGUGUAACAAGGGAUACGAAGUCGUAGGAAGCUGGCGACGUGAAUGUAUCGCGGUUCCAGUUUCUGACAUCAUGAUGUGGUCUGGGACACCGAUGACAUGUCAAGUUCGCCAAUGUGAGCCUCUGUUUGCUCCUGCUGACGGUUUUAUCGUGGGAGGGGUGUGUAGUUCACAUCUUUCAUCGGUAUGCCAAAUGGAGUGUAACAAGGGAUACGAAGUCGUAGGAAGCUCGCGACGUGAAUGUAUCGCGGAUCCAGUUUCUAACAUCAUGAUGUGGUCUGGGACACCGAUGACAUGUCAAGUUCGCCAAUGUGAGCCUCUGUCUGCUCCUGCUGACGGUUUUAUCGUGGGAGGGGUGUGUAGUUCACAUCUUUCAUCGGUCUGCCAAAUGGAGUGUAACAAGGGAUACGAAGUCGUAGGAAGCUCGCGACGUGAAUGUAUCGCGGAUCCAGUUUCUAACAUCAUGAUGUGGUCUGGGACACCGAUGACAUGUCAAGUAAUACGAUGCCCAGUUGAAUUUGUACAGAACGCUGAUCCCCCGAACGGAAUAUGUUCGAGUGCUGGCCUUGAGUAUAAAACUCUCUGUACCUUUAAAUGUCAUCCGGGAUACCGUCUCAAAGGUUGCCGGAAACGACGUUGUCAAGGCGACAAAACAUGGUCUGGGACCAGUCCAACCUGUGAACGUUGAAGAUUCGAUGAAGAUGAAGACGUCAUAGAAGUCAUUUUCGAAUAUGAUUUAAAAUUGAUUGACUUAAGUUUCGCCUGGGGAUAAAAAUUUAAUGCUGCAAUAAAAGUAAUAUU